UGUUGCGAGCCGACAAGAAAUACUGAUAAGAUCGAUAGGACACAUUGACAAAUCAUGAAAUGCACGAGUUACAUCGUUCUGACUAUUUGGUAUUUACUUUUCAUGGAUACUACAGCGGAGUUCACUGAGGAGACAUUGCGUGUAGUUUUGAAAGAAGUUAACGAGUUGCGAUUGGUUGUGAUGGACCUUAAGAACCUAAUUAUCCAACAGGACGAACGCAUCACUGGCCUCGUGGCAGCACAGAUUCAAGACCGCGAUAAAAUAAAGAAACUUGAAAGUGACUAUAGGACUUCACGAUUUUGUGGCAAUCAUUCGGUAAAAGCUGCCGAUGUACCCCCAACAAAUGAAUUGAAGGUUGCUAGGUCGUCGGACUCAAUAUUGCCCAUGGUAUCCGAUGCCGAUGAAACUUUCAAGGAUGACGACACAGCUCAGUUAUUAACAUCUCCUAAAACAAGACAGAUCAGAGGAAUUGUUGCAUUUUACGCUUACAUGUCUUCUGACCUUCAACCUGGAAUUCACCAUACUAUUCCUUUCGAUGUGGUGAAAACGAACGAUGGCAAUGGAUAUCACCAUAGCUCCGGUGUAUUUAUUGCCCCCGUAAGUGGGGUAUAUGUCUUUACUUGGACCAUUCGAAUGACGCUUGAAUCGGAACAUUCAACUGAAUUAGUGGUCAACGAUGUGGUAUAUGGAGCCAUAUUUAUGCGCACGCACACACCGGAAGACCAAAAUGUAAGCGGAACAGUUGUCGUUCAUGUCAACCAAAAUGAUGACGUAUACAUCAGAACACACGUGUCUUACCCCUAUAACGCAGGAAAUAUCCGUAGUGAUCAGUAUAGCAGAACUUCUUUUGCGGGUUGGAAGCUGAACUGAAUUAAAAGGACUUUUCAUGUCGUUGUUCAUAUACAUUUCUCAUUUGACGACAGUACUUGGUCUAUGAUAAUCUUUUACAGAUGUAAUAAUUGCAGUCUUAGUUUAUUUUUAAAGUGAAGUUGGCCUUUCCCCACUAAUGAAGAAAUACAAUAUGAAAGCAUUAAUGAGUAGAAAAUUAAAAGUUAAGAUUUUUAAACCCAAGUAAAUUGUUAGGAAACUGUUAUAACUUUUAAAAACUUUUAGAUUGUAUGGAAUGCAGCUGUGUAGAACGAUAUGCUCCAUCAAUCCUAGUAAUAUUAGCUAGAGUUUAAGGAAGACAAGCAACACACGGUACCUAAUAUGCAUUAAAAAAAUUAUAUGUUUAUGCAUAGAAUUACCAUUUUUCUCAAUUCACUGCAACAGUGUAUCAUUCUUGUUAACAAUGUAGAUUAUUAAUAUUUGUCAGGGUUUUUUGAUACUUGCUUAUGUAAUAUAUGUCUCUUGAUUUAGACGCGGGUUGUGUCAAAAAUCUGAGUUUUAAAUAAUAAAUUUAAACAGUGUU